AUGCUUCGCCCCAAUGUGGUGGUGGUUGGCACCGGAUGGGCCGGCGCGUACUUCACAAAGCAUGUAAAUCCUAAGUUGGCAAACCUGGAAGUUCUUUCCAUACGAAAUCAUCAUGUGUUUACCCCGCUUCUCCCCCAAACCACAACAGGAACGUUGGAAUUUCGAGCAGUGUGCGAACCUAUCUCACGCAUUCAACCUGCUCUCGCCCAAUUGCCCAAUCGUUUUUACCGCUGCGUGGUCCAUGGUGUUGACUUUGUAGAAAAAGAGGUAAACUGCGUUGGUGUUGGUGUUGUUGACUCUAACUUCAAAGCAGCCGUGCAUCCGUUUAGGGUUAAAUACGACAAGCUUAUCUUGGCGCAUGGUGCAAGGCCAAACACCUUCAAUGUGCCAGGUGUUUUCGACAAUGCUUUCUUCCUUCGAGAGGUUAAUGAGGCUCGCGCUAUUCGCAAGCGUCUGGUUCAAAAUAUCAUGGUGGCAGACUUGCCUAUCACUGAUAUGGAGGAGGUUAAGCGUCUGCUACAUGUUGUUGUUGUUGGUGGAGGUCCUACAGGUGUUGAAUUUGCCGCUAGUGUGGCCGAGUUCUUCCGCUCUGAUGUACGCAAAAUCAACCGCACUCUUGUCGAUCUAUGCAAGGUUACCGUGCUUGAGGCGGGCGAGGUAUUUGGCAUGUUUGAUCUGCGGGUGCGAAAUUGGGGGAAACGUCGACUGGAUGCGAUUGGCGUGCAGAUCAUAAAGGGUGCCGUGGUGGCCGUAAAUGAUAAGGAGGUGAUCACAAAGGAUGGCACCGUGAUCCGUACCGGGCUGGUGGUCUGGAGCACCGGCGUUGGUCCUUGUGCACUGACCAAGGACUUGGACGUAGACCGUACAUCGCGUGGUCGCAUUUCUAUUGAUGAUCAUUUGCGGGUGCUUCGCAAAGGGGUACCUAUUCCGGAUGUAUACGCCAUUGGGGAUUGUGCCGCAAAUGAGCAGCUUCCCUUGCCCACACUGGCCGCCGUGGCCUCUCGGCAGGGUCUCUACCUUGCAAAGCAGGUGAAUGGGGAACUAUCAAACAAACCCGUGACAAAACCGUUUGCGUACAAGAGUCUAGGCACCAUGGUGAGCCUGGGCGAUAGUGCUGCCGUUGUUGAAUUACAUGUACCAGGCAAAGUUGACUUUGUUGGUCUAAAGGCCCUCUUUUUCUGGCGCAGUGCCUACCUCAGUAUCCUGGGGUCGUGGAGGAAUAAAUUAUACGUGCUGGUAAACUGGACGGGAAGCACCAUAUUUGGCCGCGACACCACAUUCAUUGGCGAUCUCAGCGAGGACCGCGUGUGGCGCUCGCUGGCAACGGAGGAAGUUUCACGCGAACGUGCCCGGCAGAAGGCCGUUGCCAGGCUGAAGAUAAUGGAAUCCAAACAAACCUUUACCUCUGAGACCCUUGAAAAGGGGGCAGAGAGGGGAUAUAUUCCCCGUCACAGCGGCAAAACAGAAGAGACCUCUUCUGCGGAGGCAAAAGGCGCGCCUAAAGAAGAGUAG